AGACCUCUCACUUUAAGCAAGCAGUUUCAAAGCACUGGUGACUCCUCUUUGGAAGCCCCAGCUAUACACUGUCAAGCUAAGUUUAAGAGGCUCUAUACAUCUUCAGCUCUGAAGAAUCCCAGGGUAAAAGUGGUAUGGCUCAAAAUCAAAAGGAAGGAAAGCUGCAGACUUCCUUUCCUCCGGUUCACUUCAGUCUGGGCACCUUCUUCAGAUCAAUGGAAGAAACCAGCAAAGAUCACAUAUCAAAUCUACAUGUUUCUAGACACAUUCAAGGGCCGAAGAUAAACCUAUCUCAAGUGGAGAGUCUAGCAGCUACAGAAAAGGGGAGAGUGACCAGAGACUACAAUCAUUACCUUGGACCUUGCCUCAGUCCUCUGAAUGCAUCUUUCCCUGACAAACGAGAAAUCAAACUGGACAAUGGCUCUGUAAGCCUAAGCUCUUUGAAGGCAGCAUCCGUGAGACCCUCAGCUGUGAUCUCCAGAGCUUCAGAUUGUCCAAACUGUAAGAAGGAAAGAAGGAUCCGGGGUGAGUAUGACAAGUUCAUUCUGCAGGCAAGGAGAGACAAGGAGGCCUUGCAGAAAAGGAUUGCCCGACUAGAAGCGGACCUAAGAAGGCAUGAAGAACACCAGAAAUCCACUCGGGUAGAAGACAAAGCAGUAGGCUGUUCUAUGACCUUUUUAGUAGAAAUGGAGGCCCAUUUGGAAAGGACUCCUAAUACCGAAAGAACACAAACCCAGCAGACGGAAGUUAAUCAAAGCAAGAUGGUGUCUGAAAUGGAAGAAUUAAAAGCGCUGCUUGAGAAGGCAAAGGAGCAGGAGGAGGAAAAGACAACACAUCUAGAAAUUGAAAAGGAGGCCUGCCUGGAGGAAAUUGCACAAUUAAAGAAGUGCAUAGAAAAGGUGAGAGUACAGAAUGAUGCACUUCUGGAAAAAGUAAAAAUGCUUCAGAAAGCUCUCAUUAAUCAGUCUCCUUCUUGGAAGUUGUGUUCUACAGCUCUUAAUACGGAAGUGCUAACCAUUUCCCACAGUGACACUGCUGGUGCAGGCUUUCCAGAGAUCAUUCCUGCCUACAGUCAAUACGAUGACGACGCUGGUGCUACUUAUGGUAGUAGUAAAGCAAAUGGAAAAUAUGUAGAUGGAACAAUCUUAAUGAAGCAUGAUGCUAAAGACACAUAUAAGCAGCUGGAAAGGGAACGCAACCUUCUACUAGAUGUAAUGGUAAUCAUGUAUACACGAAGAUGGUUUCUGGAAGAAGCAAUACCAUACAUAAGGAGGACACUGAAGAAAUGUGGAAUCAGCUCAGAACAUGGAAAGUGAAACCCUGUCAAGCUAAUAUACACAGUCCAAUGCAAACAUUUUAAAUUGUAUCAGCAGAGACAUGCAUCAACUUGAACCACUGUACUGCAGCAUCUUCAUUUGGAUGUCUAAUUAGAUACCUAGUUUGGGUUUGGCAAGUAUUUAAUGCUUUUAUUGCUAAAGAAUUGGGCUGCAGUACUCAGCUCCUCCAUUAACACAGACUAUCAAGAGUAGUUCCUUAAAUUUAACACAUUAAGAACAUGAUGAAUUCUAUACCCUUGGUUUGAAUGCUAUUGGGCAAUCUCACCUUCCCUGCAGAACAUCGGAAGAUGGGUGGUGAGAGAAUGCUCUCACAGUCCUGCUCUGUGAAGCACAGAGCAGGGUGGAGGGAUCCAGGCCUGGAACUUGUUCCGGCCCCCAGAGAUCCCACAAUGCACCACACAUGUGCGCGAUACAUUGAGGGGAUCCCCUCCAGUGAUGGGUGGGCACCCGUCAGUGCUUUGGCGCUGGCUGAAAACAGUCUCUGCUGGCACACAAUCAGGUACAUGGGGUUAUCGGAGCACUCGCUCCCUUAACCCCAUUUACCGCCGGUCCUCAUGGGCAGCCACGUCUUGGCUGCUCCUAAGAACAGCCUCUGACUUUGGGCACCACUAUUCUCCCAGUGCCUCUCUUUAGGAGCAAGAUACUAAGACUGUUUUUUUUUUUCCCCAUCUAUGGUGGUACACAUUCUAGAGACUAUAGUUACCUUUUUCUUUGGUUAAGAAACUGGGGGCAAUAGGCCUGUGGUGGAAUGAUGUUGCCUUGGCAAGAGUCUACUUUAAGCUGUAUGAAAACCAAGGCAAAAGAGGUUUCUUGUCCAGGGCAGCUUGUGCUACUGAAGCAUCAAACCAAAAAUUGCCCUUCUUCCUACUUUUUAGAGGGUUGGUAAAAUCCUAUUCUUCACCAGCCACAAACUAAAUAUGACAUUUUGCAGCACCUAUUUCUCUAUUCCUGUUGUGUCUAAUGCUCCUGAAAACAUAUCUAGGAGCUCUCACAAUGUCCAAGCAGCCUCCUGUCCAUUUCUUCUUGGAAGAAGAGCAGGAUAUCAAUGUAAAGUAAAUAAUAAUAACUAAGACUGAUAGAAUGUUUACAAAUUUUGGAGCAUCUGAACUGUAAGGGGCAUAUAGUUAUGCAGGGGCAUAACUCUAGUUGAACAAGGGGGACAAAUGUCAUUGGGCCCCUGAGGAAAGGGGAGGCAUCAACUGGGCAACAGCUCACGCUUCAUUCUUUACAGUUCUUCUGCACCAAAGAUUUGGAGGAGAGGUGAAGAAGGUUGGAGGCCCAUCUCCACCUUUUAGUAACACAGCCCCUCCACCCUUACUGUGCCCCUUGUUAAGACAGUGAGGCAGCACAAAAGCUCUUGAUUUACAUUACAUUUUUGAAUUCCGCACUUCUUCCAAGGAGCCCAGAGUACAUACUUAAGUUUCUCCUCACAACAACCCUGUGGAGUAGGCUGGGCUAAGAGAGAAGUGACUGGCUCAGAGUCACCCAGUUACCGGCAAAAAUCCCCACUGGUACUAUAUCGGGCAGCAGUGAUAUAGGAAGAUGCUGAAAGGCAUCAUCUCAUAGUAUGCAGGAUGAGGCAAUGGUAAACCCCUCCUGUAUUCUACCAAAAGAAAACCACAGGCCUCUAUGGGCCGUCAAAUCGACUUGACGGCACACUUUACCUUACCUUUAGGAAGAGGGUAGCAUAGGAGAAUUAACUAGCUAUCUGAUAGUAGCAAUAGCACUAGCAAUAGCACUUACAUUUAUAUACCGCUCUAUAGCCAGAGCUCUCUAAGCGGUUUACAAUGAUUUAGCAUAUUGCCCCCAACAUUCUGGGUACUCAUUUUACCGACCUCGGAAGGAUGGAAGGCUGAGUCAACCUUGAGC